GAUUCUCCCCUCACUCUUUUUAUUUUCUUUACAAAUACUAUUUUUAUAUGCAUAUAUAUAAAAAAUAUAUGUGUAUAUAUUAUAUCUACAUUUUUACAAAACUUUUAUGUAUCUAUACUUUAUAAUUAUUUUUUUAAAGUAACUGUUAAUCAUCAUUUGAUAUUUUUGUAAUUUUCAUGAAAGAAAUUAAAAGAAAUAUGGAAGAUAUUUACCCUGCAUCUCCGGUAGCAGUUGCACGUAACAAGAGUACUGGAAACGUGAUGAGUAGUACCAGUACUCCUUCAAGAAACUGCUCAAUAACCGCCGCGAAAAACCACCGCCACAUGACUACCGUCGUCGACGACGGCGACGGCGACCCGAUUGAAUGUACAGGGAAAUCGUGCAAGUCGUGUACAGCUGGAGUUGUAGCCGAUUGCGUUGCAUUAUGUUGCUGCCCCUGCGCCGUGAUUGAUAUUUUAACACUGGCGUUUUUCAGGAUCCCGUGGACGAUGGGGAGAAAAUAUUUGGGGAAAAGUAAAAAAUCGGAAAAAAAGAAGAAAAAGAAUAAUAAUAAGAAGAAGAAGAAGAUGAUUCAGAAUAAGAAGAAGGAGGAGGAAAUGGAGAAGAGUUACAGUUAUCGUGACUGCGUUACGUAUGAAUUGGACAGUAUAGAUGGAAGAGUUUCAACAAGAUCAGUUAGAGAUGAAGAAAUCGUUACAGGAAAUUUGAAGAAAUCAUUGGGAAUUGUAAUUGGGGAAGAAGACAAAAACAAUACUAGUGCUAAGUUUGAUGUAGAACAAUUUUGGUUAGAUUUGUAUGAACAAGUUGGUCAUUUGGGAUUUGGCAGAGUUUCUUACACUGGAAUCCCUUCUCAAGGUAAUACUGGGUAACCUUUUUUUUAAUCUUCUUCAAACAUCCUGUGUUUGAAAUUUGUUCAUCUGAAAACAGCUCAGUACAUCUUUAUUUUCAAAGCUCGAAUCUGUGACUCCGUCGUAUCUCCGAUGUCUACAGCAUUGUUCAUAAAUGGAAGAAUCAUGAACAGUGAAAGGGAAAAAGAGCAAUAUAGCAGGAUCAGUAUUAUUAGAAAUAGAAUAUUUUGGGGGGUUUUGAACUUUAAAAAACCACCAAUUUGUAUCUUGUAUUUCUGAAUUGUACAGUUUAUUGUAUGUUAUUUUUCUUUACCACA